AUGUGUAUUCGCCAAGGAGAAGAGCCUAUGGCAAAGCAUUUGUGCUCCUUCUUGGUCCAUGCGUGUGUGUGUGUGUGUGUGAUUGAGUCUCUCCCAUGUGUGUGUGUUCUAGAGAGAUGGAGAGAGAAACCACAAGAGAGUAGUGUAAGCUGUGAGACGCAGCUCAAGAGAGAAGAAGAGCGGCGCUGCGAGGAGGAGCGGCCCCAACAUACCAGGCCGGCCUGGAACCGCCCGGCGGAGCGUGGCAGAGCAGCAGCAAUGGGUGUGAAGCGGGCAACCCGGUCAUGCACGACAAACAGGAGGCCCCGGUACCUCGCCUUCUUCUACAGCAACUCCACUUCCUUCAUGGCUUCCAUCGUCAUCAUCAUCAUGCUGCUACCGCAAUGGCUGCCAAAAAAGGAGAAAGGGGAAUGGGAAAAAUGGUCACUGAGGGUGAUGAACAGGACGAUCAUACUGGAUUUGAUCGCUCUCCUAGUGGCCUAUACAGCUGGCUCCAACAGGGGGUGGAAGACGUCCGUGUAUGCGAUCGUGCUCAUCGUUGCCGUGCUGGGCUACUUUGUGAUCCAUAUGACGCUGUCAAGGAAACCCAAUCAGAGUGAUUCAUCAUCAUCAGUCUAG